AUGGGGGAGCUUCCGGCGGAACUGAUUCAGAAGAUCCUCGCUGAAGCCGACCUGGCGACGGUCGUCGCCGCCGGCGGGGUGAACUCGGCCUGGCGCGCGGUCGUGAAGGACGACCAGUCGACAUGGCGCCGGCUCCUCGAGACCGAGUACGACCCUGCGCUUUCGGUGAGCGGGUGCCGAGCGCGUGUGCUCGACCGCGCGUGGCUUGUGCGCUUCCUCAACGAUGAGCGGACGCGGUACCAGCGCUGGCGGCGCGCUCAGGAUGCGCGAGAAGAAGCUUGUAAGCAAGACAGCGUCCUGGCCUGCUUUCAGGCGCAGUUCCACUACUCCUGGGUCCCCGGCCGGCGGCGGCUGUACCACCACAAGACGGGGAUGGUGUACGUCUCGGACCGUGAGCGGCGAGAAUACUAUGAGCGCGGACAGAGAGAGUUCGAGCACCAGACCGAGGACAUUCUGGGCGUCCCCGACGUGAUUCGGUGGGAGGAGGAGCGGAUCGCGCCGCACUCUAGACGAUUCGCGCAUACCUUGUUGUCGCUGUUUGACGAUUUGCCACACAACGCGCCUGAGAGUCGGAACUGGGCGCUUCUCGCGGAGAUUGUGAAUGACCCCUUCACGGCGCUGGUGCUCCAGAGCGACCCUGGGCCGCUGCCGCAUGCCACAUCGAGGGCAUUGUUCUUGUGCGCAUUGACGACGGCUCCAGAGGUUGAAGAAAAGGCCGGUACGCUCACUCGACGGCCGUCGCUGGAUUCGCUCGAGUCCAUCGAGUCUGACCAGGAGGUCGAAAAGUCCGACUCCGGUCACGAGAGUGAGGACGACUUUGACGAGCUUAGCAAGAUCAGUGAAGUCGAUGAGGAGGCUGAGGAGGAUAACGAGGGCGAGGACCUUGAGCCACUACCCGUCUCCGUGGCCACGCCCGUGGCCGUGGACCUCGACGCGGGGUCAGACUCCGACUCCUCGGGGUCCGAAUACGACAGCGAUGACGACGCAGACCCGCUAGUCCAGCACGCGGUAUGGCCCUCCACUCCUUCGCUCACUCUUUCCGUGUCGCCCUCGUCGCCGACAUUAGGCCCGACCAGCCCAGUAAGCCCAACGACGCCGGCGCUCUGUCUCUCCCCACCCAUGACGAACAGCACGCUCCUGUCGACCCUGACUUCGCCAUCAACCGCCACUCUGACACUGUACACGAGCGACAGCUUGACACCUUCGCUCUCCCCACUGUCCGCCAGCUUCAGAAACCUUUCCACUGUCUCCCUAGCCGACACGCUGAGCUCGUCGACGAACGAGUCCUUUCCCAAGGUCCCUGAGCCUGAGGAACCACCCACGAAGGCGAAGGGCAAGCGGCACUCUGCCGCUUCGGGCACCUCGCGAACUUCCGGGACAUCCAAAGCGUCGCGCGCAUCGCGGACGUCGGCCAAGUCCGGCAUCUCCGCGAAGUCGGGCUAUUCUGCCAAGUCGGGGUACUCGGCCGCCUCGGGUUUGUCGUCCUUCGGCAGCGUGAAGCGCGACAGCUGGGCGUCGUGGGGCAGCAGCGGCUCCAGUGCCGACAGUGGUCUCGGGUGCGUGAAAGACCUGGCCGUCACCGAGUUCCGGUACUCUGUCUCGUCUGUGCCGGACUAUGGGCUGCUCCUCGCCGCCCUGACGAGGGUCAUCACGCUGGCUCCAACGCCUUGUCUGCCGACGCUGUGUCCCGGCCCUCAUCUCCUGAGCUCCAGUGUCAGUAUGCCUGAGCUCUUGGCUGAGAAUCGGUCACGGCCGAGAGCAGACUGGCCCCAGCUCGAGGGCAUAUGGUGCGGUCUUGUGCCUAAUGCCAACACGCGCAUGCCUGUCGAGAAGGAUCUGCCGGGAUACUUCCGCCUCGAGCCUUGCUCUGAGUCCACAGCCAGAGAGUGUCUGGAUCUGAGCAGGUUGCCCAUUCCAGAUCCUGGAGCAUUGCCGAACAUGUUCUUCACAGGUCAGGUGCUGGAUCAGAAGCUCAUGCCGAGGCAAGGAGCUAGGCUGGCUGGCGUAGCGUCCAUGUGUCCUGAUGGAGCGGUUAGCAUCACCUUCCGCUUCAUGCGGGUUAGUGAGGGCGAUGUGGUGCGGUUCCCGGACAACGGACUAAUCGUUCGCGCUACGAGGGUCGGACUUGAGAGCCCACUUGGCUUCCUUGGAACGUCCAAUGUUCGUAGACAGGGCAACGCGUGGCGCUUCAAGCACGAGGACUUUGCCUGGGUGUUCCCCUUCCAAGGCGAGAACACGGACAGCAAACCGUGUCCCGUUCGUAUGAUGCCGUAG